CGGUCUUCCGUCCGAAAAGACCGGUCCCACACACUUCGUUACCGCUGGUUGACGCUGAGUCCGAACGCCUCAACACGAAGGCGUUCUUUUCCCGGUCUCGUGCUCAGCCUGGGCUGCUUCAACCGUUGUGCCCCAGCGGACUUACUUACAAUUCCGAGUGGCGGAAGAUACUUCGCAAGACUUGAUCUCGCCGAUGCCUACUUACAUCUAGAAGUCGCUCCGUGGUCCCGCCUACCGCUGACCAUCAAUUUCCAUCGCGGUCUGUUCCAGUGCUACAGCCUACCCAUCGGAGUCAAGACCGCUCCUUCUGUUUGUCAAAAGUGCAUGAGUACCAUUUUGGCCGGCAUUCCUGGGGUGGCAGCAUACCUCGACGACCUAUUAAUCGUAGCUAGUUCGCAAGAUGAGUUACGCAAGCAGAUCGAUGAAGUCCUCCAACGGAUUCAAGACAACGGACUCAGACUUUGGCAAGAAAAAUGCGAGUUCUUCUUGACUUCAGUCAAGUAUCUGGGUUUUAACUUUGACGACUCUAGCCGGCAUCCGGAUCCUAAGAAUAUCCGCGCUAUUCAAUAA